UGAAAAGUGGUGCUAGUGAAGAAAUAAUAAAAUGAGGAAAAAAUAGCAAGAAGUACAAACAAAAAAGGAUGUUUUAAAAAUGCAUAUUUUUAAAAGAUCACCUAUAAUGGGACCAGAGCCCUAUACCAACUAUUUAAAUGGCUCUUCGCACUCUCUAGCUUCCUCCACUGCCCAGCCUAAUUUGGGCUGGAAUUAUCCCAUGGAAUAUCAGCAUUUGAUCCAUCAGCAUUGGCGCUCUUUUCCGGUACCCGAAAUUUAUUAUCAGGCUUUUUUAUUUAUUGCUUUUAUAGCCAUGUUAAUGUGCUCUCUCUUUGGCAAUGGUUUAGUUCUGUGGUUAUUUUCAACCUCAAAAAACUUAAAAACACCCUCGAAUAUGUUGAUUAUAAAUUUAGCUGUAUUUGAUUUGACAAUGGCCAUUAAUAUGCCCCACUAUUUGGUGAAUGCUUCGUUGGGCUAUUUUCAUGGGGGCGAUUUAGCUUGUGAUAUUUAUGCGGUGUUUGGUAGUAUUUCGGGUAUUGGGGCGGCUGUGACGAAUGCUUUUAUAGCGUAUGAUAGAUAUAGAACAAUUUCCAAUCCCAUUGAUGGCCGCUUAAAUUAUCCACAAAUCACCAUUUUAAUUAUAAUGACUUGGCUGUGGACCGCACCAUUUUCCGUCUUGCCAUUCUUUCAUAUAUGGGGACAUUUUAUACCAGAGGGCUUUCUCACCAGCUGCUCCUUUGACUAUCUAUCCGAGGACGAUGAGACCCGCUAUUUUGUACGUGCCAUGUUUGUUUGGGCCUAUUGUAUACCCAUGAUUAUGAUCUGCGUUUACUAUACCAAAUUAUUCUUUCAUGUCCGCGAUCAUGAGAAAAUGUUGGCCGAUCAGGCCAAGAAAAUGAAUUUGAAGUCGCUGUCAGCAAAUCAAAAUACAGCUGCCAUUAGUGUGGAGUUACGCAUUGCCAAAGCGGCCAUGACUAUUUACUUAUUGUAUGUGUUUUCUUGGACGCCCUAUGCCACUGUUUCCCUGCUGGGUACCUAUGGUUAUAGUCAUUUGAUUACACCAUUUGCCUCCAUGAUUCCCAGUUGUUGUGCAAAAUUGGUGUCCUGCAUAGAUCCCUGGGUUUAUGCUGCUAGCCAUCCGAAAUAUAGGGCUGAGUUGGAGAAACGUUUACCCUGGUUGGGUAUAAGAGAAAGAAAUUAUGCGGCCUCGUCGUCGGGUGGUGAUAAUGCUGAUUGUGAAACGAGUACGGUAUCGGCUAUGAAUUGAAAGUAAAAUUAAAAAAAAAUAUUUUUUUAAAAAGAGAACAAGGAAGUGAAAUCUGUAAGAAACGGGUAAUAAUUGGAAUAAAUUCUUUAAAAUACAAAAUUUUUCAAACUUAAUUGUGUAAAAAAGGAUCUUUUUUUAAAAAAUUUCAGCUCAAAAUAUUGAAAUCCAUAGAAAACAAUUUUCGAUUUUAAAGGAUUUCACUUUUAA